AUCACACACUCGAAGAAUUCACGUUCUAAAUUAGACUCACAUCUUCCUGCUUGGCUUCUUAAUUUGCAAAUCAGCCAUCCAUCAAAACCAUCAAUUUCAACCAAUCCCCCCAUUAUAGCAACAUUGACUUGUAGUACUACUAGUACCAGCUCUAGCACUAGUAUUUAAAGCCUGUUCACGGGAAUCACACCAAAGGGAAAAAGGGAAAGAAACAAAACCAAAAGAAAGGAGUAGUUCCGGGUUUGGAUUUUUUUUUUGAAAAAAAUGGCGGAGAUUGAGAUUGAGAAUGUGAAGAAGAAGAAAAGUGGCCAGGUGAUGGACGGUUCAGAUAUAAUGGAGUUGGUUGGGAACAAGCAGGUUUUUAGUAAUUUCGUGAAUCAUAAGUUCCAUGAAUUGGAUAAGGAUUGCGAUGGCAAGCUUUCUGUGAAGGAGUUGCAACCUGCUGUUGCUGAUAUCGGUGCUGCUCUUGGUUUGCCUGCUCAGGGCUCUUCCCCUGAAUCUGAUCACAUUUACUCUGAGGUUCUUGAGGAGUUCACCCACGGAAAGCAGGGAAAAGUGACUAAGGAAGAAUUUCAAGAGGUUCUUUCAGACAUUUUGCUAGGCAUGGCAGCUGGUUUGAAACGAGAUCCAAUCGUAAUUCUUCGAAUUGAUGGUGAUGAUCUGCAUGAAUUUCUUACAAGCCCGGGCUUCGAACCAGAAGUGCUUUCCAUUUUCUCUGAGAUUGAAGAACCUAAUGGAGUCCUCCAAAAUUACAUCAUCGAAGUGUUAGGGAAACUCACAGUUGACAAAGGAGUUCCUCCAGCAUCAGAUCCUUGGGUUAAAAGCAACAUCAUCGAACCAGCAAUUCAGUCCUGUGUCAGUGCUGUGGAGCAACCAGUUUCGCAAGAGAUGUUUCUUCAAGUAUUUAGAAAUGUUGCAGAGAAUGUGGCGAAUCGUCUUAAAGAGCAACCUGUGAUCGUUGCACAUACUGAGAACACGUUUGACGGGAGUGGAAUUAGGAGGUUGUUAUCCAACAAAUUUGAGCUGGAUAAGACUCUGGAGGCUGCUUUGAAAAAUGUUCCCAAAGAUCGACAUGGAAAAAUGUCAAAGGACUACCUGCGUAUAGCCCUGGAUGUUUUGGCUCCAUCUUCUGGCCUACCCCCUAUUGGUGCUGUGGAUGAGAUGGACAAAAUCAUAAAUGAUGCACUGAAAAUGCUGAAUGCAGAUGAUGGGAAAUUGGUUAAGGAGGAAGAGUUCAAGAAGCUAUUGACUGAGUUACUGGGAAGUGUCAUGCUGCAGCUGGAAGGCAAUCCUAUAUCUGUUUCGACGAAUACUGUGGUGCAUGAGCCACUUGCAUCUGCUUCCACACUUCUGGAACCUGAUUCCUAAUUGCCUUUCCAUAGAAGAAAAUCUUACACACGUUCUGCAAUAUUAGAUAUCAGAAUGGAUAGGAAAAUAGCAAGUCUUGAUGAACUAAACAAAGAGCUGCUUGCAGGGAUUUAUUUGACAUGCAGUUCCAUUGUCCUGUUAUAAGAAAGAAAAACACAGUCUAGUAACCUACUUUUUCUGUGCUAAUAGAUUUGUUUUAUCAUACAUGUUGUGCAUCAUUUCCCUUCUUACUGCAAGCAAUCAACCCCUUGAUGAUCUCUAG